GGAGGAGCACAAAAAACAUGCUGCGGCCUGUGGUUUUCUUUCUCUUCAGAAAGAACCUUCUAACCUGACGGUGCAGGAGUUCCUGAAGCUGGAAAAAAUGCGAACGAGAAAGGCACUUAAAAAAGAGGUCUCUCAGAUGAUGACCAAGGUUGAAGAUAAAGCCAAGAUCCAGCGUUGUCGUAUAAAGAAUCUGGCCUAGACUGCUGCAGCUUCAUAGUUGCCAGUGACACCUUGUCUUGUCCACAUGCUGUGGCACUGCCCUGUGACUGAAUGGCCGUGUUUCCUGAGGCUGCUUCCAGACUGGCUGUCCAUGAGAAGCAGAGGGAAUUCUGCUUCACUCCUCCCACUCUGUCUGGGAGGUACCUGGGGUUUGAUGCACUGCAUACAAAAUAUUUUUCUGCAAGGAUUCUCC